GAUCCAUAUUCCGCCUGUCAGUUCUCAGUACACAACUCUGUCGUCUACUUUACUUGUUGCCACUUGUUGCCAUAGAAACGUUUUUAAUUUAGUUCUUUGUACAAAACGAGCAACUAAACAAUUUAAAAAAUGGCUGAUGAAGAAGAAGUUGUAGACGAGGAGCCAGAAGUAGCCCAAGCUGGAAGUGGUGAUAGUGAAGCAGGACUUAGUCCUGUGGAAGCAGAGAAACCUCUUGCCCCACCCAAAUAUGAAGUUCGACCACGAUUGGGUCAUAAGUUUCAAGCUCAGAAUGUGAAGGCGAUAAUAUUAUCAACAAUGAAAGAGCAAUUGACAGAUCGCCAGUAUCGAGCAGAUCAAGCACCGCGUUGGGCUAAAAUGAUUUCUAACACAGUCAGGCAAAGAGUUCAAGAUCUUGAUAUGAAGAGAUACAAAAUCCUCGUUCAGACAACCUUAUUGGAGAUGAAGGGCGCUGGCUUUAAAUGCGGACAAAGAUGCAUCUGGGAUCCCGAGACAGAUUACUACACGGAUGAAUUGUUUCGCAACGAUACUAUAUUCUGCCACACAGUCGUGUACGGCGUUUAUAUGUAUUGACGUGUGUAUAUUACGAGAGAUAAUUAUUAUAAUAAAAAGUAAAUGAAGUAUUAAUAAGUAAUUAGUCCUUUAAACCGACUACGGCGCAGCGAAGGAAGAUAAUGCAUUUAUGUGUGUGUGUGUUGUGUCAGGCUCUGUCUGAUGUUGAUUGGGCUAUAGCUCAAGUCUGCAGAAAUGUGGGUGCAGUGAAAUAUUUUUAAAAAUCAAAUAUUGUUGUACCUGUAUCUAAAGAAUUGAAACGUCAUGUAUAUUUUUAAUUUUUUUUUCUUUUUUUUUUUAAAUAAAUGUAAUGUAUUUAUAAUAAAUCUCUUUACAAGCUUUUAUUUAUUAUAAUUUAUAAUUGUAUAUAUUAUUAUUAGAUAGCCAAAAUGGCCUGAUUUAGCAGCCGAGUGCGGCUUGGAACCGUAAUGUGCUAUGCAAGUCUCGAGUGUUGGCUGGUGAUAUAUAUUUGGUGACUUCUUGCUUCUAUGCAAUGAAUUAGCCCGUAGUCGGUAUUCGUUAACUUUUUCAUCUGUUUUCGAUUUUUUUUAUAGUAUUAGGAACAUGAAGCAAGUGAUCUUGCAUUAUGAUUUUUGUAUUCUAGUCUUAAUAUUUUAUUUAGUAUCUACAACAGAUACUUUAUGUAGUAAUAAACUAAUCGAUAAUUUUAAA